CUGAGUCUCUACAUGAGAAUGUAUUGUUAUCUCCUUUCAGUGGGUGUGCCCAAGCCCACCAUAAUCACCACCAUUAUACUUGUUUGCACCAUUUGGUUUUGUACAGCAGAUGCAGGGAUAUUGAGCCUCCCUAAGAAUUAUACAGGUAUUCAUUCAGCAGAAGAACAAGUGUGUGUUGUGGAACAUGGGCAAAUGGUGGCUGUUAAUGUUGAUAGCUUUGGAGCAUUGGGAGAUGGGUACUCUGAUGACACUCAGGCGUUUGUGAGUGCUUGGAAAACAGCUUGCUCUAUUCCCAAUUCAGUGUUUCUUGUACCUGAAGAAAAGUCUUACCUGGUUAAGCCCUACAAGUUCAGAGGCCCUUGCCAGGAUGGUGGCAUCGUUAUCCAUAUAGCAGGGACUUUGAUGGCUCCGGACGAUCCAACAACAUGGGAUCCUCAUAGUCCACGAAAUUGGCUUGUAUUUUCCGAUUUAAAUGGAGCAACUAUUCAAGGAGGUGGCAUUAUUGAUGGCUCUGGCCAUAAUUGGUGGGCGCAGUCUUGUAAAAUCAAUAAAACAAAUCCAUGCCGAUCUGCCCCAACGGCAUUGACAAUUGAUUCAAGCUUGAAUGUGAGAAUAACGAAUUUGAGGUUUCAGAACAGCCAGCAGAUGCAUAUUGUAAUCGCUCGUUGUACUGGAGUUGAAGUCUCCGAUUUGCAGGUUGUUGCUCCUCAGAAUAGUCCGAAUACUGAUGGAAUUCAUAUCACCUCGUCCCAGAAUGUGUUAGUUGAACGAUGCUCUAUUGCAACAGGAGAUGACUGCAUUUCAAUCGUCACAGGAAGUGGAAACAUCAAAAUCACAGAAGUUUUGUGCGGACCAGGACAUGGCAUAAGCAUAGGAAGCCUUGGAAAGGACAAGAGUGUAGGAUACGUAUCAGGAAUAAUGGUGGAGGAGACAACACUUACAGGCACCACCAAUGGCCUGCGCAUUAAAACCUGGCAGGGGGGUUCAGGAUUCGUACAUGGAAUUCGAUUCCAAAAUAUUCUGAUGAACAGUGUCGCUAAUCCCAUUAUCAUAAAUCAAUUUUACUGCGAUUCAUCAACACCAUGCGAAAAUCAGACAUCUGCUGUACGCGUGAGUGAAGUGAUAUAUGAAAACGUGAAAGGCACUUCGACUACUCAGCAUGCAAUGCAGUUUGCAUGCAGUGAUAGCAUUGCAUGUGAGAAUAUCAUUCUUUCUAACGUGGACAUUCGAAGAGAGAGUGGAGAUAGUGCAGAUUUGUUGUGCAACAAUGCCAUUGGAUAUGGAUUAGGCUAUAUUAAUCCCUCUGCAGAUUGCUUGUUAUCUCACCAAACACAGGAUGACCAGCACGUCCAUUCCAUCUUAGAUUGCUCGGCACUCUCAUGUUUCCUCUGAUUCCACCAUAAUCAAAAAAAGAAGGAAGAAAGCUGUACAGAAUAUGUAUGACAAUCACUAAUUACAUACAUGUAUAUAAUAGUAAAAAUAAUACUGCUUCUUCUGCCUUCAUACAA